CUGAUUUGUGAGCUGAACACGAUCGCAAAUGUCACUCGCUGCCUCGACUUCUUCGUAAUACCAUCCUUUUGCGCAAAACCACGCUCGUUUCGAGUGCGAAACAGGUCCUACGGAGAAAACAGCGAUAGGGAACUCGCGAACUCAAACUACAGUACAGCAUUAUCUAAACAAUCCCUUAUUGCUCCGGCUACGGAACGACAAUAGCGCAUCGGCUCAUCAUGAUAAUCGACAAGAUCCCAUUGGCGUUGUUGUUUGGUGCUCGCAUCGCGCUAGGUGCGGAUCUCCAACCCAUCCAGAUCAAGGGCUCCAAAUUCUUCUACGAGAACGGGACUCAAUUUUUCCUGAAAGGAAUCGCGUAUCAGCAGGAUUCGUCUGCCAAUGGACAGACUGCCACCGACACGAAGUUUACCGAUCCUCUGGCUAAUGAAGCAAACUGCAAGCGUGAUAUCCCUCUGCUAGCCGAGCUGGGAACCAACGUGAUCCGUACCUAUGCGAUCGAUCCGACUGCUGAUCACUCCGCGUGCAUGGGAAUGCUAAACGAUGCCGGCAUCUAUGUGAUUUCCGAUCUCGGCAAUCCGGGCCAGUCGAUCAAUCGUGAGAAUCCCCAGUGGAACGUAGACCUCUUCACGCAUUUUCAGCAAGUCGUCGACUCCUUUGCCAACUACACGAAUGUCAUUGGCUUCUUUGCUGGCAACGAGGUUACCAACAACGCUACCACGACCUCGGCUUCCGCAUACGUCAAGGCCGCUGUGCGAGAUGUAAAGAAGUAUAUCAAGGACAAGAAGUAUCGCGCCAUGGGCGUGGGCUACGCUGCCGAUGACGACGCGGACAUCAGAGACCAGAUCGCCGCCUACUUCAACUGCGGACCGACCGAAGAGUCCGUCGAUUUCUUUGGGUACAACGUCUACGAGUGGUGCGGCGAGAAAACGUUCGAGAGCUCCGGCUACAAUCGAAUCUUAAGCUUCUUUCAAGACUACUCGGUUCCAGUCUUCUUUGCCGAGUAUGGCUGCAACCAGCCCGACGGCGCAGCCGGCCGCAUAUUCCAAGAAACUGGCGCUCUAUACGUACACAACAUGACGGAAGUUCUCAGCGGUGGCAUUGUUUAUGAAUACUUUGAGGAAGAAAACGAUUACGGCCUCGUCAAGGUCAGUGGUGACACCGCUACCAAGCUGAAGGACUUCAGUGCGCUCCAGCAGCAGAUCGAGGCAGUCAACCCUCAAGGUGUUGAGAUGUCUAGCUACAGCCCCUCCAAUAAGGCCGCUAGUUGCCCUGCAGUCAAUUCUACAUGGGAGUCCAGCGACAAGCUUCCACCAACUCCCGACUCUGAUGCCUGUAGCUGCAUGGUCAAGGCCUCUGAGUGCGUCGUAUCCAGCAGCACAGAUCCUAGCGAUUACGGGAGCAUUUUCGACUAUGUGUGCGGAUCGGAUCAGUCUCUGUGCAACGGCAUCAACGGCAAUACUUCCACCGGCGACUAUGGCGCUUUCAGCAUGUGCAGCGAUUCGGACAAAUUGACCUACGUCUUGAACCAGUACUACCAGAAGCAGAACAAGGACAGCACCGCUUGUGACUUCAACAGCAGUGCUAAGACGCAGACUGCUUCAGGAACUCUCAACAAGUGCAGUGCACUGGCAGCUUCGAGCUCGAACAACUCCACGGGCUCGGGCGGUGCCUCGGAUUCGGGCAAUGGUGAUGAUGAUAGCAAGGGAGCUUUGCGGGCUCGUAUCCCCAGCAGUUGGCAACUUGGUGGAAUCAUGUUCGUCACUCUUCUAGUCAGCGCCGGCGUUAUGGGCUUGUAA